GUAGGCUGCUUCAUUUCAAUAUUUAUUGGCACAGCAGUCGUCAGCAUCACAGUAAAAUUAACUUUCAGAUACCCAUCAAAAAUGGCAAAACGGAAGGUGGACACUGAGAACCGGGGGUUUCAAACAAGGUGGGAGUCGGAGUAUAUGUUCACGGAGGUAGCUGGAAAACCUGUGUGUCUUCUGUGUGGAGAAAGUGUGGCGGUACUGAAAGAGUAUAAUCUGAGACGACAUUAUGAAACGAAACACGCGGACAAAAACAAGAAUAUGGACAUGGAACAAAGGCUACAAAAGGCAGAGGAAUUAAAACGAGGCCUCAAAUCUCGACAGGCUCUGUUCAAAAAAGCCAAAUCACAAGGCCAGGCUGCUGUCAAGGCCAGUUUUAUUUUGGCAGAAGAGAUCGCUAAAUCAGCCCGGCCAUUUACGGAGGGGGAUUUCAUCAAAAACUGCAUGAUUAAAGUUUGUGACGAAGUUUGCCCAGAAAAAAGGCAACUCUUUUUAAAUGUGAGUCUGAACAGAAACACCAUUGCCGAGAGAGUAGACCAGUUGUCCAUCAAUCUAAAAGAGCAGCUUGUGAAAAAGGGAAAAGAUUUCAUUGCAUAUUCCUUGGCUGUGGAUGAGAGCACCGACAUUUCUGACAUUGCCCAGUUGUCAAUUUUCAUCCGCGGAGUGGACUCCAGCCUAAGCGUGACAGAGGAGUUUUUGGCUUUACGUCCUAUGCAUGGCACAACUACGGGGCAUGAUUUGUAUGAAGAGGUGUCAAGAUGUGUAAAUGAGAUGGAGCUGCCUUGGGAAAAACUCGUGGGUUUGACAACCGACAGAGCACCUGCGAUGUGUGGACACAGGAGCGGACUGGUGGCGAAGAUACGGGAAAAGAUGCAAGAGGAAAACGCGACAGGUGAGCUGACAGCUUAUCAUUGUAUCAUACACCAGGAAGCGUUGUGCGGUAAAGCCUUGAAAAUGGAGCAUGUAAUGAGCAUCAUCACGCGCACAGUUAACUUUAUCAGAGCCAAAGGUUUGAAUCACCGCCAGUUCAAGGCAUUUCUGACGGAGUUAGAAACGGAGCAUGAAACUCACCUUCAAGGUUCCUUUGUUGCAGAGAGUCUCCAUUUAGAGGGCUACAACAUGUUCAAACGCAACAGACACCUGUCUUACACAAAUGUUCCACAAAUAGCCAACAGAGGUGGCGUUGCAGUUUUUGUGAAAAGCCACAUUCAGGUGCGUGAGAAACAGUACGUACAUAAUGUAACCGAUCUUGAGUUUGUGGCUCUAAAGGUAGAAGCCCCAGUGAGAGCCUUGAUUGCAGCUGUGUACAGACCUCCAGACUACAGUGUGAGAUCAUUCAUGUCCAACCUAGGGAGCCUGCUGGACUCAUUGGAGAUCAUGGACUGUCAGCCCAUCAAUGUCUGUGGGGAUUUCAACGAGAAUCUCUUCUCCAACACUGGUAAACCAAUCCUUGAGCUCUUCCAGUCCAGAGGAUAUGCACAAGUCAUCACUAAUGCAUGUCAUGACUCUUACGACGCGGAAGCAGGAUCAUUUGCAGAAGAGUCAUCAGUCAGUCAUCACUGUCCCAGUGACAGCCCCACCUUCAUGCAGCAUCAAGCUCCUCCCUAA